GAUCCCCUGCUCCACAGUUCUGGCCGCUGUUCCAGUGCGCACGGACGUGACUCCAGUUUCCUCCGCUCUCUACUCUCUGCUCUCCCUCCCUUUCCCCUUUCUCGCUCUUCCUUUUCUCCCGGUCUCUCGCUCCAGCUCCACCCGGCCGGCUCCACACGGCUCCGGGUAGCCAUGGAGGACAUCACGCUCCAUAUCGUCGAGCGUCCGUUUUCCGGGUUCCCCGAUGCUGCCGAGGACCCGGAGCCCUCCCCGGUGGCGGCGCCAGCAACCGAGGAGCCGUCGGGGACCGGCUCUGAGGAGCUGAUCAAGUCGGACCAGGUGAACGGCGUGCUGGUGCUGAGUCUUCUGGACAAAAUCAUCGGCGCCGUCGACCAGAUCCAGCUGACCCAAGCCCAGCUGGAGGAGCGGCAGGCGGAGAUGGAGGGCGCGGUGCAGAGCAUCCAGGGUGAGCUGAGCAAGCUGGGGAAGGCCCACGCCACCACGAGUAACACCGUGAGCAAACUGCUGGAGAAGGUGCGCAAGGUCAGCGUCAACGUGAAGACCGUGCGCGGCAGCCUGGAGCGCCAGGCCGGUCAGAUUAAGAAGCUGGAGGUCAACGAGGCCGAGCUGCUGCGGCGCCGCAACUUCAAAGUCAUGAUCUACCAGGAUGAAGUGAAGCUGCCUGCUAAAUUGAGCGUCAGCAAGUCGCUGAAAGAGUCAGAGGCGCUGCCAGAGAAGGAAGGUGACGAGCUGGGCGAGGGCGAGCGGCCCGAAGAGGACGCAGCUGUGCUCGAGCUCUCCUCUGAUGAGGCUGUGGAGGUGGAGGAGGUCAUCGAAGAGUCCCGCGCCGAGCGCAUCAAGCGCAGCGGGCUGCGGCGCGUGGAUGACUUCAAGAAGGCCUUCUCCAAGGAGAAGAUGGAGAAGACCAAGGUACGCACCCGUGAGAACCUGGAGAAGACCCGUCUCAAGACCAAGGAGAAUCUGGAGAAGACGCGGCACACGCUGGAGAAGCGCAUGAACAAGCUGGGCACACGCCUGGUCCCCGCUGAGCGGCGUGAGAAGCUCAAGACCUCACGCGACAAGCUGCGUAAGUCGUUCACGCCCGACCACGUGGUGUACGCCCGCUCCAAGACCGCAGUGUACAAGGUGCCACCCUUCACCUUCCACGUCAAGAAGAUCCGCGAGGGUGAGGUAGAGGUGCUGAAGGCCACCGAGAUGGUGGAGGUGGGUCCUGAGGAGGAGGAGGGCGGUGCAGAGCGUGGCGAGGCCUCCGACCUGCUGCGCGGGAGCAGCCCCGAUGUGCACACGCUGCUGGAGAUCACCGAAGAGUCGGACGCCGUGCUGGUGGACAAGAGCGACAGCGACUGAGCAGGAUCCGCAGGGCCCUGUCACUCCCAGCCCCUAAGCCACCAAUCUUCUUUCCCUUUCAAACUUUCUCUUUCGCACUCUUCUCAGCCCCAACCUGGCUGAGUUUUGUUUUUUUUUUAAAUUGAAAGCACCUCCCCUGCAAAUCACAACGGUUAAUCCCAGGGCAGGCGGCCCCCACCGUGGACAGCCUCAGUUUGGACAUAGUCUGGGUAGGGAUGGUUACCCAAGCCAGUGAUCCUAGAGGAAGUUACUUGGUUGGGCCCCGUGAGGGACUGCCUACCCCUCAGCCUCCCCGCCACACCCUCCCACCCAGCUGUGUCAUUCCUGCUCACUGAGCUCUUCUUCACCCCUGGAGGCUCUGAAGCCAGAAUUAUUGUCAGUGGAAGGAGUAAAUCCUAAACAGGAUCCUUACCCUCACUGGAGGUCUCCUACUAAAAGACUUGAGGGUCUUUGGAGAAAACUUGAGGCAAAUUGGGAGAGGCAGAGUGAACCUUGACCCUGGAUGAGGAUCCGGCACAGUUCUGUCUGCAAAGGGUCCCAACCAGGAAGGCUGGAGGCCAGCGGAGCCUGAGGAAUGAGGGGAGGGGUAGAAACACACGGUAGAGGAGGGGCACUUUUUCAUAUCUAUUUGUCUGCACACAGGAGCCCGUGGCUAUGGCUUAUGGGAAGGAGAAUGGGAAAAUAAGAAAGGGUGGAAAUGGGUGAAGAGAGGAUUAGCAGCACAAGGAUACACAGGACAAGAAUCCGAUAUAACUGGGGUCCCAGGACAGCAGGGCCAUUUUCAAGACAAGGAGAGAGGGCAGCAUGAGAAAGCGAUGAUGCAAAGAGGAGGGAGAGAUAAGCCUCACUGGAUCCUUUAUUUGGGGUCUGGGUGCUGUCCUCAGGGAAAAUCUAGUUCCCCAAGUUCAGGAAAUUAAAGAUUCCCAGAAGGGGGCAGCAGCAGACUGUGGAGAGCUGGAAGUUAGGAGGGAAGCCGGCUGGAAAGAGCAGGGAGCAAACAGCCAGGCCCUGAGCAGACAGUUGGAGGGAAAGUGGGGAAGCAGGACAGGGUAGAGCAGCCAGGCUCCUCCUGGCAGCUUCUACUUCAGAUUCUUCCCUAGGGCUAGUAUCUAAACACUAUAGAACUUGCCCACACCUCUCUGGGUUUCUUGUCUUUGGGGAAGCCCUUCCUGAAACUUAGGGGGUACAGGGGGCACUGCAGUUUGAGGCUUGAUUUCUGUAGUCUACUGACCAGGUUCACCUGUUCCUCCUCAUUAAAGGCUGUCAGAAGUAAGGACAACCCUCUACCCAUGUCACACCCCAAAGGAUGGCUGGAGGCUUCACCCUUCUCCACCUCAUCUUCCUUGCUCUGCCUUUUUUUUUAAAGAAUCGCAGCUAAUUGUUUUAAGGGGGUGGGAGGGAUCCUAGGGACACAAACCUUUUAUACUUUUUUUUUUUUCUUUUCCUUUUCUUGGUUCCCUUUUCUGACGGGUUAGAUACAAGUCAGCUGAGGGAGGAUGAGGAUUGUGGGACGAGGUCCCUUGGUGCUGAGGGGCUGAAGGGGCCUGAGUUGUUGGCAGAUGCAGUUUCCUGUGGGCUCUGAGGAGCCCCUCAUAUUGCUGUGUCCUGGUGAGCAGCCUGACCAAUAAACCUGCUUUUCUAAAA